UGCUGUUCGACUGCUUCGCGUGAGGUAGGGUUUUGAAGGAGUCGCUAAAAGCCUUCUUCGCUUCCUCGACAACGUUCCUUCCUGUCGAAUCGGAAGUCGCGACAGUUCGCCGUUCUUCCGUUGGAUCGGAAGUUGAGACGGAAGCUCGCUAGCUGUGAAGGUCAGGUUAACUUAAGAUGGAUACUUCAUUUGCACUUCGGGGAAUCGUUAAUUCGACCAGAUCAAAUGGAAAGAAUGUACUGAGGCAGCUCCCCUCAAAUAUUGAGCUGCCUACUGAAGAUAACUCAGUGAAGAGAUUUCUGACCGGAACUAGAGCCUUCCAUGAAAGCCGAGUGGUUUCUGAAUCAGCUAAAGGGGCCUACUUUAAUCGGCCUUUAUCGCCUCAUUUGCCUUUGAAGAAGCCACAGCUGAGUGCAACUUACUCUAUUUCCCACAGAAUCUUUGGAGUCGGAGUUGCCAGUGCCAUACUGUUAUUCCCACUGGCAAUGAAGUUCAGCGCCCUCUUUGAUGUCUGAUAAUACGGUAUGGAACUUUCUUUUGAGGCAUUUUAUGUUUCUGAAAGAUGUCGAGGUUUUUGCCAAGAUGAAAUAAUGACUAGUUGCUCUUCUAGACGACUACGUGAUGUGAUAUGAACUUCAUUGGAUUAUUAUCAGUUUCCUUCAAUUCAUAAUGGCUGCUGAUUGCUUUUCA